GGAAACAAAAGACCCAUCGAUUGGGAGCGGAGCGGCACCUCGGCUCCGGCCUUAACACGCCCCGCGAGCGCCCGCCCCCCACUUCCUGGAGCAGCCGACGCUCUCGUCGCCGCCUCCUCCUCUUCGUUCCCCCUCGCAGCUUCCCCACGCCGGUCCGCCCGCAUCCCCCGCUGCCCAUGGCGCUGAAGCGGAUACAGAAGGUGAGCGCACCCGAAUGGGCCGGGCCAGGCAGCCCCUUGUCCGUUGGGAACCGGGAGCUAAGUGAUCUGCAGCGUGAUCCACCUGCACAUUGUUCAGCUGGACCUGUUGGAGAUGACUUGUUUCAUUGGCAAGCAACUAUUAUGGGACCUCCUGACAGUGCUUAUCAAGGGGGAGUCUUUUUUCUUACAGUCCAUUUUCCAACGGACUACCCAUUCAAACCACCAAAGAUUGCAUUCACUACAAAAAUAUACCAUCCAAACAUAAAUAGUAAUGGAAGUAUUUGUCUUGAUAUCCUGAGGUCACAGUGGUCACCAGCACUGACUGUAUCUAAAGUUCUUUUGUCCAUAUGCUCUUUACUUUGUGACCCUAAUCCAGAUGACCCUUUAGUACCCGAUAUUGCACAAAUCUACAAGUCAGACAAGGAAAAAUAUAACAGACAUGCAAGAGAAUGGACACAGAAAUAUGCAAUGUAAACUUUGAAGACAUUUUCUUAUAUACCAGAGUACUGUACAUUUUAGGGUUUUUCAAAAUUAGAAGUAAAUGGAGCACAGUUUACUGUUUUCAGUGUACCAUGAAGCCCUUUUUGAUUUUUAUCCAUAUAAGUGUGUUUCUGGAACAAGGAAAUUAACUACAAAAAUUAACCUGAAGACUGUGAUGAGAGUAUUUAUCCUUUCUGUAUGCUUUGCAAAAGACAUUUAUUAUGUUUUUUAAAGAUACUUGGACAUCUGCAUCUCCAGCCUACAAGAUUCAUAAUGCAGUUGUAGAGCAACCAAAUUAUUUUUGCUGAAAACUAGGUGGUACAUAAUAAAUAUUCUGUGUCUUUGAGAUGUCAGUCCUGUAAGUCUGUUUGAAUGUCAUUCUUUGUUAGCUCAUUGUAUAAUUUGUAUUUUUUUACUGUAUAGACUAUAUUUUAUUUACCAUAUAUUUCAACUCAUUUUAGACUUUCUGCACAGUAUUGAAAAAUACAACUGCUAUUAAAUGAGUGAAGUAUUCCUUCCCAAAGGAAUAUUCUAUAAACUGAUAGACUUCUAAAAACAAACUUUGCACUCUAAUCUUCAGUAUGCUGAUUAUGGGGAAACACAUGGUUUUGAUUCUGUUGCAUACUUUUAUUGCAAUGUGAACUAAUUGCACUGCUCUGUAGAAGGAAAUGUAACUAAUUUUGUUCUAUUCACAGCUGACUUUUUAUCCCAUGUGGGCAAUAUAAUCUCUGACAUUUUAACAAAAUUGACUUGAAGCUUUUCCGUAUAAAUAAAACAUGUUUUUUACUACUUGUCUUGGCUGUUCUUUAAGUCUAGCACAUUCUUUACAUGUGCAUGCUCUGACAAGAUCAAAAUAUUGUUCAGUAUAUGAAUUACUAUUGGGAAUAACUGACCUAUGUGCUUGAAAAUGCUCCUGAGAGCAUUAUAGUAGCUUUUAAACAAUGUUAUAUAUUUAUUCAUUGUGUUCUAUUGAUCUAAGCUUAUGGAUAUUUUAUCCAGUAUAAAAAAAUGUACCUUUAAGCUUGCCAAGUAGUUUCAAAAAGCUGCUUAUGUCGAAAACAGCUGAUUUUAGAAAAUCACGAAAGCUUCUUCCCCCAGCUGUAUAACAAUAUUUUGAUCAGAUAUUUCUACACACAGACUAAUGCUAAAGCCAGUAUAUGUAUACUGCAUGUUUGGAGAAAAACAGCCUUUGGUUCCUUACAGAUAAGUGCAUUAUUUUUUAAUGUAGAUUGUGUGGUACUAAAUCAGUAUGAAAUGCAUUUUAGUUUGUAGCUAAAGUAAUUCUAAAUAAAAACCAUUUAGCUAGAAGAUUUUGCUGCCAUAGAUAUCAUUUAACUCUUUCUAGAGAAGGCAAUAUUGUCCUAAUGCUUUGCUACCCAAAAAGUAUUCAAAGAAAAACCCAUAACUGGAAUGCAUAAAAAUGUGGCAAACAUCCCAGAGGCUAUUUUUCUGUUACUUGGCUUUAAAAAAUAACCUUUUUAGCAUUCUAAUCUCAACAUUUUUGGAUAAUUCUGAUAGCCUAGGAAAAACUCUUUACUGGGCAGUUUAUACAUAAUGAUCAGCUAGGCUUCAGAGGGUUUUUUUGUUUGUUUUGUUUUUACCUCAGUACAAUCUAAAGAUGGAAGCUUUAUAAAAUAGCACUGAAACUUCCUUGCAUUACAAGUGUCAUUGCUUUACUGUGAAAUAGGCCAUCUCUGCAAAUAGCCAAUACAUGAUUCCAUGCAGUCAACGAACACUUCACUAUACUUGAAAAAAGGGAUGCCAUUGCUUGUGAAGCUAUUAACAUUUUGUCAUCAACAUUUAAAAAUCGUGGUAAAAGAUUCUGAUUUUCCACAUUUUAUCUGUAUUAAAUGUUUAAAAUAGGUUUGUCCCAGAAUAUCACAUAUCUCUUCUUACAAUAGGCUCUGUGAAAUUUGGUAGUUUGAUUUGCAUGGCUGUUAAGUGAAAGAGUGUUUAAUCUGCUUUGCUGAAAUUAUAUGGAGGCUGGUUUGAAAUUGUUUAGAUGUUAUUAUGCUUUGAAGUAUACCUCAUACAAAGAGGAAUUUACUUACCAUAAUGCAAAAUCUUCAGGCUGAGCAAAAGGUGCAAAUCAGGAAGCUACUUAUUCUUCAUUGGGUUCUAUGAAGUAUCAUUUAAGUAUCUUAAAUGUCUUCAAUUGUCAUUUAAAACUAAAGUUCAGAGACUGGUUUCACAAACUGAACUUCCAGUCUAAUCUUAAUAAGUAACAGUAGCAUCUUUAAGCAGACAUCUGGACCAGAGAUUCAGUUAACUAAAAGGUAUUGAGAAUUGUCUGUACUAUUUUGCAUUUCCUGGAAAAUGGUCAUGUUCUGUUUUUUAAGUGAGUCAUUAUGGUUUUAUUCUUCCCCUCUCAUCUCAAUAUUUGCUCAGUCCUGGUGCAUCCAUUAUGGUGGCAUAAAUGUGUCUUCAGUCCCUCCACCAAAUGCCAGUUUAUACUGUACAGUGCCUUAGCGAGGGCACUACUGAGCCAUCCCAUUUUCUGUAUAAUCCUCACUUGGCAUUAUUGGCAUGACUAAAGCAAAGGAUCUCUGUAUCAGUGAAAUUCUUCAAAUGUAAUCUUUAGUCAUUCUAGUUAAUGUUAAAUAAGGCGUGCUUUCUAGCUACUUCUGAUGUGGUAUUUUUCUGCCUAAAGAUGUCAGCUGAGGCUUGAAUGAAAAUAAAAUUUUGAUUUGAA